AUGAGGAAGUGGUACGCAUUCAUUAUUCUAGCUGAUUGUCUAUUCAUGACGACAGCGAUUCCGACACGAGUUUCUGAGACGAAUAUUGCCAAGACCAGCUUGUUUCUGCGGAAGAGGAUACCGCAUCCACGCAGGCACAAACGUAUGGAACGAUCACUGUUCCCAUUCGCUGAGGAUUCGCCAUUCCCAUUCCUCUCGUUGAACACGUGCAAAAAUCCCAACAGUAUGCGGCAGACAAUGGCAUGCCCGUCUCAUUCAGGAUCCACCAAGGAAAUCUGCAUCGAUGCGUUUGCGCUUUGCGAUAAUCUCAUGGACUGCCCGGGAGGAGACUUUGAGCUUGAAGAAGGCGAUAAUGAUUAUGAGGAUGAUGAGCCGGAGCAUUUCCAUCAUGCUCAUCGCAAUAGAAAGAAGCGAGCCUACUACCAUCACCGAAAGCGAUUCGAGCAUAAACGAUCAUAG